GAAAAGAGGCAAAGAAGACUGAGUGAACGAGCCAGCAAGCAUCCAGGCCCGAGUCUGGAUCUGCGACGCGUGCAUAAGGCUCCACACGGCUCACGAGCUAUCAUACUUUCAGACGAUCGGAGUCAACAAUUACGGAAAUAUCGGCGAGUUUAGGACCGUUCGCUGUCUUAACAACCGGAAGUUGCGAAGAAGGAACAGGAAGAAAAACGUCUUUUCACGGUAUUCUAUUUGGCGGAGGAAUUCUAGCUGGCGUGGCUUGCCAGUAGCUCACACGAGUGGCUCACCAGUGGUUCGUGAACCGCCUUCACCUUCCCUCCAGAAACAUUCAUUCAAAGCCCUCCCUGGAUGGGACAAUUCAUACUCUAUUCUACGGUCCCGGCCGCGCGAUAUUUUGUGUCUCUUCUUCUUUCUUUUACCGCGAGGCGCUCUGUCUUAAACAUCCACCCUUGGAGUUAAUAGUUUGUGUGUCAGACUGAAAGGAUCUCCCUAACGCAGGGAGAUUCAUCAGAUAUGACCCGGUUGGCACUGCGAUUCGUCGCAACCGUGGUCUACUUAUCUGUCAUAGUUAGGGGGGAGAGUAAUGAAACAUGGAUACGUUACGGCAGAGUUCACGGACACUCACGAGCUGAUAUAACGCCUCCCGAGGCAGAUAGAAAUUAUCCACAGUAUUGGGAACGACCAGAAGAUGAACUCAGAAGGAAUGCUUCAUACUAUGAUCGAAGAGAUCGAUUUGAUGACCCUAGAAGGAAUGGUUCUUAUGAUGAUCGUCGGACGGAUGGAGAUUAUUCAUAUGGAUAUGACAGUAAUGUAGGGUCAGGAUAUCCUUCCAGCUACUCAGCUGUUCCAAUUCCUGGCUAUGGUCCACCUAAAAAUUGUACUGGAAGUGGUUGUUGUACACCCAAAUGUUUUGCUGAGAAAGGUUCGAGGGGUCCACCUGGUAUCAUGGGACCUCAAGGGCCCAAAGGACAAAGGGGUUUCCCCGGAACUGAAGGACUCUUAGGACCGAAAGGAGAAAAAGGUGGUCCAGGACCUCAAGGACCAAGAGGACCUAAAGGAGAUCGAGGAAAAAUAGGAAUGCCUGGAUUUCCAGGUAUUGAUGGUAUUCCAGGAGUUCAAGGACCUCCCGGAUCUCCUGGUCUUCCCGGACGAGAUGGUUGUAAUGGAACAGAUGGUGAACCCGGUCGCCCUGGAGUCCCUGGUGAGCCAGGACCUCGCGGUAUGCGAGGUUUACCUGGUCCCAAAGGAAACAAAGGUCAACCAGCAUACGCUGGCAAUUUUCCAAUCGGUCAAAAAGGAGAACCUGGUAUUGAUGGAGUGCGUGGACCUCCAGGACCACCUGGACCUCAAGGUGAACGAGGUCCAAUUGGUCCGAAAGGUGACCGUGGUCCUUAUGGUCAACCUGGUCCACAAGGUUUGAAGGGAGAAAAAGGUAACAUGGGUCUAGGAUUUGAAGGAACAAAAGGAGAUAAAGGUAGAAAAGGUGAACCUGGUCCACCGGGUAUUCCUGCACCUAUAGUUCCAUUAGAAGGAUCACAGCAUACAAUAGGACCUGCUGGAGAACCAGGGCAGAAAGGAGACAAAGGUGAGCAAGGAUAUGAUGGACCAAAAGGAGAACCGGGAUUCAUGGGAGACUCUGGUAUACCUGGUGCGCCGGGUGGGAAAGGAGAAAAAGGUCUUCCAGGAGCUCCUGGUGUUCGAGGUAGAGAUGGAUUUUCAGGACCACCAGGACCUCCAGGACGUAAAGGUGACCGUGGUAUUGAUGGAUUAGAUGGACUUCCUGGUCGUGCAGGAAAAAAAGGAGAACCAGGAAGAGAUGGACCCAUGGGUGUACCAGGCUUGAGAGGACCACCAGGACCUCCAGGUGGUGGCAAAGGACAACCAGGUCCUCCAGGAGAAAAAGGACCUCGAGGUUUUCCAGGACCUGUUGGACCACGUGGAUCUGAUGGUUACCCUGGGGAACCUGGACCACGAGGACCAGUCGGUCUUCAAGGAGGGCCUGGAUUGCCGGGAACUCCCGGAGCUGAAGGUUUACCCGGAGAGAAAGGCAGUAAGGGAGAGCCAGGAUUGACUGGUUUUCCUGGUGAGAUAGGACCUCGCGGAUUCGAUGGACCACCAGGACCUCCUGGCCCCAGAGGACCACAGGGAGAAAAAGGACUUUCGAUUGUAGGACCGAAAGGUAUGGAUGGAACACCAGGUAUAGAUGGAGAGAAAGGACAGAAAGGAGAACGCGGUUAUGCUGGAGUGCGAGGUCGUCCAGGAGAUUCUUUAGACGGUAUUCCCGGAGCACCCGGUGCUCCUGGAUUGCCUGGUGAGCAAGGACCACCGGGACGAGAUGGAAUUCCUGGUUUACCUGGUGAGCCUGGUGAAAAAGGUGACAUUGGUGGACGGUGUCAAGAUUGUUUACCUGGACUUAGAGGAGAAAAAGGAGAUAGAGGAUUCGAUGGAGCUCCAGGAUUACCAGGGCCUCGUGGACCCCCAGGAGAAAGAGGUUUUCCUGGUGAGGCUGGGGCUGAUGGUCUCCCAGGUCCGAUCGGACCUCCUGGUCCUCCUGGAAAAGAUGGAAUACCGGGUAGUGCCGGACCUCAAGGAACACCAGGAUCACCAGCGUUUAUAACAGAGAGUAUGUUAACAUUUGAGAAAGGUGAUAAAGGAUUACGUGGAGAACCUGGACGACCCGGACCUCCUGGACCUCAAGGUUUGCCGGGAGAUAAAGGAAGACCGGGAUUAGAAGGAUUCCCAGGUCUAAAAGGUGAACCCGGAGAUCGUGGUUUCCCUGGUCAAGAUGGAACUCCUGGUCGACCAGGUAUUCCUGGAUAUAAAGGAGAUAAAGGAGCAAGUAUAAAAGGAGAACCCGGAGAGCCAGGACGUCCCGGUCAUCCAGGACAAAAAGGAGAACCUGGAUUCUAUGGUCCUAAAGGAGAACCUGGUCUAUGUCCGGCUAUGAAUAUUGAAGAAGGAUUUAAAGGUGACCGUGGAGCACCUGGUGAAAAAGGAGAACCAGGACCUCCAGGACGUGAUGGAAUACCGGGUGAUAAAGGAUUACAAGGAUUUUCGGGACCACCUGGUGCACCUGGACCUAUUGGAGCUCCAGGACCAGUUGGUCCUCGAGGUUUACCAGGUCCUCGUGGUGAUAAGGGAGAUCUUGGACCUAUGGGCUUCCCUGGUGAGCCAGGUUUAGAAGGACCUCGUGGUUUCCCUGGUAUUCCAGGACAAAGAGGAGAAAAAGGAGAGCCUGGUUUAUCACUUAAAGGAAAUCCAGGAUUGACUGGACCUCCAGGAGAGAAAGGAGAGCGUGGAUUACCCGGACCUGUCGGCAAAGAUGGACAACCAGGAUAUCCCGGGUUAGCUGGAUUUACUGGAGAAAAAGGAGAUAUUGGUAACCCUGGAAUAAAUGGAUUACCUGGUGCCCCCGGGGAAAAAGGAGAUACUGGACCAAUUGGACCACCUGGUCCUCCCGGAGUUCCAGGUACACCAGGAUUUAAUGGAGCUAAAGGAGAACCAGGUUUAACUGGUGAACCCGGUCGACCUGGCUUACCUGGAUUCCCAGGACUUAAAGGAGAUAAAGGAGAAACUGGUAUAGAUGGUCUUAAAGGAUAUCCAGGCCGAAGAGGUUUACCUGGAGUUGCUGGACAGCCUGGUCUUGCUGGUGAGCCAGGUUUGAAAGGAGAACGAGGAGAAAAAGGUGCGACAGGAUUCCCGGGAUUGCCUGGAAUGGAAGGUAAACCUGGUCCAAUGGGUAUACCGGGUGAAAAAGGCGAUCGUGGAUUUGAUGGACCACCAGGAUUACCAGGACCUAUUGGAUAUGAAGGUGUGAAAGGAGAUCGAGGACUCCCUGGACUCCCAGGUCACAAAGGUGAACCUGGGCAAGUAUCUGAAAAAGGACAAAAAGGAGAACCUGGAAUGCCAGGAAUUAGAGGACCACCUGGAGUUCCAGGUAGAGAUGGAGUUGAUGGAGAAAAAGGUGAAGCUGGAAGACCAGGACUUGCACGUGACGGAUUACCAGGUCUUAAGGGUGAGCCAGGUUUGCCUGGAUUAGAUGGUCUUCCUGGUCCGCAAGGUCCAAAAGGUGAUAUGGGUGUUCGUGGAUUCCCAGGACUUAAGGGAGAUGUAGGCUUCCCAGGUCUUACCGGAGAACCAGGUAGACCAGGACUUGAUGGACUUCCUGGUCCAGUCGGUGAUAUAGGACCUCCUGGACCACCUGGAUUCCCAGGUCUUGAUGGUGAAAUGGGAUCACCUGGUCGUCCUGGUUUAGAUGGUGCUAAAGGAGAAAGGGGACCUCCAGGACUUGAAGGAUUGCCAGGAGUUUCUGGUCCUCCCGGAGAAAAAGGUGAUCGAGGACCACCGGGAUUAUUAGUGAACAUUAAAGGAGAAAAAGGUGAGCCUGGUCCAGUCGGAUUCCCAGGUGUUGACGGCGAGAAAGGUGAUCGUGGAUAUGAAGGACAACCUGGAUUUGAUGGAGAGAAGGGUGAUAGAGGAAUGCCUGGACCUAUGGGUAAUCCUGGAUUACCAGGACCACCAGGUCCUAAAGGUGAUCAAGGACCUCCAGGCUUACCUGGUCUUCCAGGUGCAACUGUUAAAGGUGAAAAAGGUCUUCCAGGUUUAUUAGGAAAACAUGGACGUGAUGGAUUCCCUGGUACACCUGGAGUCAAAGGAGAACCUGGAUUCCCAGGAUUACCAGGACAUAAAGGAGAUCCAGGUCCAUGGGGACCAGUAGGAGCCCCAGGAGAAAAAGGAGAACCUGGUAUGAUAGGUCCUGAAGGACCUCCAGGACGGGCUGGAGAACCAGGAUUUGAAGGUCAACCUGGUCUUCCCGGAGAACGAGGUCCAAAGGGAGAUCAAGGACCACCAGGAUUAAUCGGUGGUCCUGGUCAAAAAGGUGACCGUGGUCUUUCUGGUCCAGCUGGUUUAGACGGUAUACCAGGAGAAAAAGGUGAUCGAGGUUUUGAUGGUUUACCGGGAGAACCGGGUAUUCCUGGAGAGAAGGGAGACAGAGGAUAUCCCGGACCAUUAGGAUUAAAAGGUGCUAUAGGAUAUGUUGGUAUUAAGGGAGAGAAAGGUGACGAUUGUCUUGAGCCACCGAUGGGACCAAAAGGAGAUCGAGGAUUCCCAGGAGAACCCGGUGCACCUGGAAUCCCCGGAGAAAAAGGAAUGCCAGGAUCUCCAGGUUUCCCCGGCACACCAGGAAUAAAAGGAUUGCCAGGCUACCCUGGACCACCAGGUCCUGCUGGACGACCUGGAUUAGAAGGUCCAAUUGGUCCACCGGGACUUGAAGGCUUACAAGGACCUCCUGGAUAUCCGGGACCAAAAGGAGAAGCUGGUUUACCUUGUGAACAAUCUCCAGAUUACCUUACGGGCAUUUUAUUAGUUCGACACAGUCAAAGUCAGAGUGUUCCAGUUUGUGAACCAGGACAUAUUAAAUUAUGGGAAGGAUACAGUUUACUCUACACAGAUGGAGAUGAAAGAGCACAUUCUCAAGAUCUUGGUUAUGCCGGCUCGUGCGUACGGAAAUUCUCCACUAUGCCUUUCCUCUUCUGCGAUGUUAACAACGUGUGUCAUUAUGCCAGCCGUAACGACCGUUCUUACUGGCUAUCAACCAAUAGUCCUAUUCCAAUGAUGCCUGUUGAAGAAUCGGCAAUAGAGGAAUACAUUUCUAGGUGUGUUGUUUGUGAAGUUCCUGCAAAUGUUCUUGCAAUUCACAGUCAAUCGUUAAGCAUUCCUGAAUGUCCAAAUGGAUGGUCUGGUCUAUGGAUUGGAUACAGUUUUGUUAUGCACACUGGUGCUGGAUCUCAAGGUGGUGGUCAAUCACUAUCAAGUCCUGGUUCAUGCUUAGAAGAUUUCCGUGCAACUCCUUUCAUCGAAUGUAACGGUGCUAAAGGACAUUGUCAUUAUUAUGCAAAUGAAUUUAGCUUUUGGAUGGCAACAAUUGAAGACAGACAACAAUUCCAAAAACCUGAGAAACAAACAUUGAAAGCUGGAAAUUUGAGAUCCCGAAUAAGUCGAUGUCAAGUUUGUAUAAAAAAUACGUAAAAUAUAAACAAUUCAAUAUUUGACUUAUCAAACGACAUUAUUAAUAAUAAUAAUGAAUAAUAUACUAAAAAAUGGGACGAGAAAGAUAAACAAUAUAUGAAUCGAGGACCUUACGUGACUGUUUAACGUUGAUUGUGUUCAAUAAAAUUCUUUUUUUUUCAAUUUAUCAUCGUUAUUCCAUUUAAAACUUAAUUACAUGAAGAGAAUAUUGAAGAUAGUCUUUUUAUUCAUAUAAGCUUUAUUUGUUGAGUAACACCUUAAGAUUUCCUUUUUUUGUAAAUCUUUUUCAAUUUUUUAUAUGUUACAAUAAUCCUAUAUGAAUCGAAUCUUCAUUUAAUUUCCUCUUCUUUUGUCCCAUAAAUUUCUUUGUCGCGAAAUUAUAUCAUAUAAUGAUAAAAAUUAAGUAUCUAGUAUAUUACUUAGCAUGUAAAAAAAUAUAUUAA